AUGUCUUCCUCGCCGCGAUUGUUCCAUUCCCAGACCAAAGUCUCACAUCCAGAUACAUCGCACUCGAUCGAGGCUCGCAAAGCACUACGAAAUUAUGGCCUCGCGCCUCCUAAUGUCGAGAGCCAUUCUCUGCAGGCUCAACGAUGCAUGAGACAGCUGGAAUCCAAGACGACGCCUAUUGAGCGGUAUAUCUACCUAAGUAAUCUGCGCAAUUCCAAUGUCCAUCUCUUCUACCGCCUUGUCCUGGACAAUUUCACGACGAUUGCGCCUCUGAUUUAUACUCCUGUGGUUGGAGAGGCAUGCCAGAAAUGGUCUGAGAUAUAUAGACAGCCAGAAGGGCUAUAUCUUUCUUACAAAGACCGGGGCAACCUGAUUGACAUGCUCCGUAACUGGCCUCAACCUAAUGUUGAAAUGACUGUUGUCACAGACGGGUCUCGUAUCUUGGGACUCGGAGACCUAGGAAUCAACGGCAUGGGUAUUCCCGUUGGAAAGCUGGCGCUGUAUACAGGCUGUGCGGGAAUCCGACCAGAUCUUACGUUACCUCUCACCUUAGAUCUCGGCACGAAUAAUGAGGCUUUGUUGGCGGACCCAUUGUAUAUGGGAAGCCGGAUGAAGAGGGUUUCUGAGCAGGAGGAGGCAGAGUUCUUGGACGAGCUGAUGGUUGCGUUGAAUGAGGUCUGGCCUGGGAUUGUGGUACAGUUUGAGGACUUCAAGAACCCCUUCCCGGCAUUAGAGAGAUAUCAGAACAAGUACUCUUGCUUCAACGACGAUAUCCAAGGGACCGGAGCAGUCAUCUUGGCUGGUAUUAUUAGUGCCAUGCGAAAGACCGGCGCCGCUGUGAAGGACCAACGGGCAGUAUUCAUGGGUGCAGGAAGUGCCGGCGUUGGUGUAGCCAAGCAGAUUGUAGAAUACUUCAUCAAGGAAGGCCUCACAGAAGAGGAAGCCAGAAAAUGCUUCUGGUUCGUAGAUACCAAGGGUCUCAUCACAAACGACAGAGGUGACAAGCUCGCCGCCCACAAAAUCUACUUCUCCCGCGAUGAUAAUGAAGGCAAGCAAUUCAAAACCCUGCCCGAAGUCGUCGAUUUCGUCAAGCCUACUAUCCUAAUGGGUCUCUCCACCAUCCGCGGCAUAUUCGACGAGUGCAUCCUCAAUAAAAUGGCUGUCUGGAACGAGAACCCCAUUAUCUUCCCGCUGUCAAAUCCUUCGGAUAACGCCGAGUGCACGUAUGAAGAGGCGAUGAAGGGUACGAACGGAAAGGCUAUAUUUGCAAGUGGGAGCCCGUUCCCGGAUUACGUGCAUAAUGGGAAGACCAUGCAUCCGAGUCAGGGAAACAACAUGUAUGUGUUCCCCGGCAUCGGCCUCGGUUCCAUCCUCUGCAAAGCAAAACACAUAUCCCAAGAAAUGAUCUACACCUCAGCCGUAGCUCUCUCCUCGACCCUCCAAACGACCGAAUUCGACUCCGGCAUGCUCUACCCCUCCCUCCCGCGCAUCCGCUCCGUCUCUGUCGUCGUAGCCCGCCAAGUGAUCCGCCAAGCCCAGUCCGAGGACCUGGAUACCGUGCCCUCGCUACGAGCCAUGGAUGACGAGGCGCUGGAUCGCUGGAUCGAGAGCCGUAUGUAUGAUCCGCGCGCCGAGAACGGGUUCGUGGAGUUGGAGCGCGAGAAGGCGGCGGGUGGUAGCGGGGGCGUGUUGGAGGUGCUGGGGGCGGCUAAGUUGUGA